CUUCCGCCUGUUUGAUGAGCAGAAGGACGUGCUGAUCCUGGUGUUUCUGGAGGACAUUCCCGCCACUGAGCUGUCUCCUUACUACCGCAUGAGAAAGCUGCUGAAGAGGUGGACCUAUCUCAGCUGGCCUCGAGCCAAGGAGCACCCUGAACUGUUCUGGGAGAAACUCCGUCAGGCUCUGGAGACUAAAGACGAUCUUGGUGAGGACAGAUUUAACCUCACUGUGGUGGACAGACCUUGAUGGAAAGGGAACUACAAUCCACUGUGGUAGACUCAGCGACAGUGUGGUGGAUUGGUUUGAGUCUUCUUGUUGGCUUGUGUAACCACAAAAUUUCAAAACGUAUAUCUGAUGGACGUUGCUGCCUUUGCAGAGUUUGUCGUACAACAUGGGUGUUGAGAAUUCAGCGUCAAAUUGAGAAUACAAUUUCACAUGCUAGCUACGAUCUGGAGCUAUGACAUCAAUUGGAACAAAGGAUUUCAUCGGUCAAACCUUUUUUUCCGCAGCUGAAAAUC